AUGUGACCCGCCCAGCCAGUCAACAGUGUUUGUUCUGUUUUGUAAGCAAGCACUAGUGAUGGUUAUCAACAAAGUGUGGAAUGUUCUACAGGAGAGCAUUACUUAGCAGUUUAAACCGGUUAGGUCGAAGACGACAAACAACUGGUUUACCAUAUAAAGUUAGAGGUGCUAAACGAAUGGCGUACAUAACUAAAGACGAAAGGGAGCGUGAUGGUCUUGUGAAACACACCGGAGGUUGCCACUGUGGCGCGGUGCGUUUUGACGUGUGGAGCACUCCGCAUUUACACGUGUUCAAUUGCAACAGGUCCUUGCAGUGUCAUCUGGGUCAUUCGAAGAAAUGGGUGUAUUUUAAAGCCUUAAAUCAUUCUGUUAGGCAAAGAAUGUCUUUAAAUGUUAAUGCCAUCAGUUGUUGCCAACAAUGUCAUAGCACUACAAGUUGCAGUAUUUGCACAAAGAAACAGAAUCGCCACUUCAUUGUGCCAAAAUCCCAGUUCACCUUGCUGCAGGGCGCAGACAACAUAACCACAUACACAUUUAACACACACAUGGCCAAGCACACAUUCUGCAAAACGUGUGGCGUCCAGAGUUUCUACACUCCACGUUCCAACCCUGAUGGGUUUGGUGUGGCACCUCAUUGUUUGGACCCUGGAACAGUGAGCAGUGUCACUGUAGAAGAUUUCUGUGGGCAGAACUGGGAAGAAAGUAUGCAGAAGCAUCAAACUAUAAGAAGUAUGUCAAAACCAACAACGGACACAUAACUCACUUUUUCCAUUGGCCAAUUAAGCCCUAAGAUUAAAUUGUUUUCUCCUGCUUCUUAAGGCAUUUUUUUAUCAAUAUAUUAGUGACAACAUGAAUAGACCUUGGGGUUUUGUGCCUUUUGUUUAUUACCUUUGAGGCCUCAUACUGUAUAUGCUAGUGUACUCCUAAUUGUUCAAAAAAUUCACUCUUAUGUAUAGUUUAUAGU